AUGUCGCGAAAGCAAAUCUCGGGUAUGUAUCUGCCUUAUCCUGAUCAAGUGCCUCGUGUCAUCAGACUGAUACAAACGCAGUGCACUGGCGGUAUACCAUGUGCGACAUGCUUGAAGAAGCGGCAAAAGCCUCGCUGUGUUUACCGAAAUGUAAGCCCAAAGGACGCAGAUGCCGAUGAGCUCCUUGAAGAUACCUUUGCAGAACAAGACGAGAGUGACCUGCCCGCCUCUGCUACACAACCUAUAACAAGGAUAAAAAAUGAUCCUGAUUUUGUUGACGAUGGCAAUUUGGUCAUCCCCCUGGGAGAUUUUUUUGGCUCUCUGUCAUUAUCCCGGGUUGUCGACGAGUACAGACAAAGCACCUCAUCGGAGAGCUCGGGACAAGAUGUCAUAGACUCAAUGUUGACCGCCAAAGCACUGUUGGCCACUCCCACGUCUGGGCAAGGGAAACCACCUACUAAUAUCACACCAACGGUGGCCACUGAAACUAGCACACCUUUAAUGUCGACUGAGGUGGAUCCAUAUCUUCCAAAACAUAUUCGGUAUCUGUAUACGAAAUAUCUCUCGAUUUGCCAGAUGCUAGAUACCGGCCUGGUUCCCCAAGCGUGGACUACCUUUCCUAGCUUGGUACGCGAGGUUGACCUUUAUGGUUUGGAUGAAGAUCACACCGCUGGGGAAAGGGCACCGAGUCAUGAAAUAACAGAGGCAAGUCGUCGUUUGUGGUGGCGACUUCUCGACCUUGACCUUCGAUUGAGUCUUUUGGUGGGCCGAUGGCCUCACCUACCGUCCAAUGCAUUUGAUUUUCCCCGGCCAUCCUUCCGCGGCUCAAGGCCUGAUGAGAAUCGUCUACGACAAAGUCAAUUUGAGUUCAUGCAACUCAAGAUGGAUUUCCUGACAUGCGCCAAUACUGGAAAGGCCCAGACUAGUCCGAUCUCAGAAGAUCGGCAAUCUAGAGAAGAUAUGCUCUCGGUGCGGUUCGAAAGGCUACAAGAGGGUGCCCCAAGUCCUUCUCAGGAUGGCCCCAAGGACCUUGCUUACUCGAUUGCUGUCGCUGAACAUCAACUGGACAUCCAUUUGUUUUCGAUCCUUCUUCAUCAUUAUCACACCCGUGUCACCAGCUCGGAGGCUGUCCAACCACCAGGCCGCGACAAACCCUCGACCAGGCCGCCAAAGUCAAAUAAAGCCCGGAUCCUACGCAAGCACGCGUCAGAUAUCAGACAGAAAGAAAUCUUUCAAUCAGCGCGCCGAGUCAUGGAGCUGUUCGACUAUAUCCAUACCUCGGACACAUCUAAAUCGACCCUGUCAUGGACCCAUUGUUUUGGGGCGUACUCGGCGGCGCUCAUAUUAGGCGUUGCUCGUCUUCGACAAGAUGUCGAUCUGCCAACAGACUCCUCGCGCAUUCAACAAAUAUCUAAAGUCUUCCAUGAGCUCACCACCACGAUGCCAGCCCUGAGUAUUGCUCAGCUUGCAUCUGGGCCACUUGAAACACUUGCCACCGCCCUUGGGAAUCUCGAGCAAGACCGUGAGAAUCCCCUCAAAAGGGAGUCGGGACAACUUAGGCGCAGUCCUAAAUUUUCUGUUCAAACCCAGACGACAACAAACGCAAACAAGAACAAACGCGCAAGAGACGCCGACCUCCUAGAUACCAAUCCUCCAAGGCAACCUAAAGCUCAACGACUGGAGACGUCUUUUGAUGAACGAUUUCCAGACGAGGACACCAGGUUUUCUACUGACACCCCAGUCUUUGAUGGUCGUGGACACAAUGUCCCAGAUUGGACCGGGGCCUCUGGACAUGAUCAGCAGUAUGAUCAGCACGGGUCGUCGUAUAGAGAUGUGCCUAUGGGUUCAUUCGAACAAUCGGCACAGAGUUUCGAACAAACAUCAUUUCCACCUAGCGCGUCAACCUCUUUCACGGGCAACGAGCCAAUGGAAUAUGGCAACCUAGAUUAUAGUUCGGUCUCGAAUACUGGCCAUCAUUUCAAUCCCAAUGAAUUAUGGAUUCGUCCCCCGAUGAGAUUCCAUCCACCACUUUACCAUCCCCAUUGGCAAGCAAUGUGGCCCAUGGGAACCGAUGGACUUCAGCAUUCGUUUUAUCAUGAUCCUUCAACAAUGGCUUUGAAUGUUUCACAUCCAAUGGAUCAGCAAAUUCACACUCAACAGUCCAUGAUGCUCAAUGACAUGAGCCACUCCGGGCCCGGUGCCUCGCUCGAGGAAAGCGCCACAGGUCCUGGAAGCGCGCAACCUUCCCUUGGCCCUGAGCGUGCUCAACCUCAACAUGGUGCACGCUUUUAUGACGCAGCAGACGAUGCCCAAUUCACAACAGUACAACACCCUUCUAGCUCACCUAUCAUCGGGGCUGGGCUAAUGCCACACGAGGGAGGUUUUGCGCAUCCCGCAGACUCGAGUCGAAGACGCAGUGUCGCCGAUAUCAGGCAACCGCAGCGAGGAGCUUGGAAUAUAGAGACACCUUCCAACUACACCGAAGCCAAACCUCGAGUCAAGGGGAAGUUGAGUAAUGAACAAUCCCAAACGCCCACACAAGAUGGUAUUCUCUCACCUCUAAGUGAAGGAGGUCCCCAAUCUCGUCGCAACUCCGCCACUCCUAGAAUGAUUGCACAACAGGGGAUGCCCAACAACCUCACACACCAGCUAGACUUCUCCCUCGACGGCAUCCGUCCACCUAUGACUCUUCCCAUAGAUAUGAUGUACUCGGAAGAGUACCCCGGAUCACGCAGAGCAUCAUUGGCCGCACGUGGCAUUGACCCUUCGAUAAAUGAAGUCAACGCGAACGUCAAUGUCUCCCAACAAUUGGCCACCAUCACGGAGACACCAUCUACUACAUGGCAGCAAGGCCACACCCAACCUCCACCAGUGAGCCAGCAAGCACGUUUUGACACGACCGGCACGAUGAAUUAUGACCCAGGAAUGACCAAUAAUCAUCUUGCGUAUAAUACACAGUUUCAUCAGCAUCCUCAGCAACAAACUCUGCACCAUCAUCCCCAUCUGCACCACCCUGUUCAUCAUCAUUCCCAGCAUGAUUUUUUAGGUCAAGCGCGUCAGGUCGCGACGACAGGUCCAUCUUACAACGACCAGCGGUAUUGGGGCAGGUGA